UAUGUCCCGGGCUAUCGGUUGGCGGCGCAUCUUGUCGCGCAGCACUUGGGGUUGGAUCUGGGACAAUACGUGCCGAAGCUCACUCUCGCCUUUAUGGCGUGUUUUGCGGGUCGACGGCUGUGGCAGAUGCUGUGGAAGGGGCUGAGUCGGCUGUGUACAGCCACUAUAAGCUUUUCGCAAAAAGACGAAGCUUACAACCAUAUCCUCUUCUGGAUGGCUCGCCAUAAGCCCGUGAUUCCCGUCAACCGGUUUGUCGGCGACACCGAGUACCACAGUGCUGACGACGAGGACGGCGAAGAGGAGGACGAGACGACCCUCGUCCAACCGCCGGUGAGCGAGCACGACGACUGGCGGAAGACCAUUGCCAGGCUACAAAGAUCGUUUAUUCGGCUCCAGCACGACGCUGGGAAUCACUAUUACUGGUACUGCGGCCGCUUGAUCCGGACCACCAGUAUUCCCGGUGAGGGAAACCAACAGGGAUUACUCCGGUUGACGAUCCUGGGCGGGGGGCAGGCCCUACUUAAGAAGUUUGCCUACGAGGCGCAAGCCAUCUGGCGCGAGCAUAUCAAGAACUUCACCCUCAUCUUCACCAACACGCACCGGUGGGGCUGUGAUUACCGGGACCGGGCUACCCGGCGCAAGCCGCGCGCCCUGUCCACGGUAGUGAUGGACGAAGUGCCGAAGACGGCCUUCCUGAAAGAUGUUCAGGCGUAUCUGCACCUCAAGACGCGCGCCUGGUACAACACGCGCGGCAUUCCCUAUCGGCGGGGCUAUCUGCUGCACGGUCCGCCAGGCACAGGGAAGACCAGCCUGUGCUUCGCCGCCGCCGGCUACUUUAGCCUGCCGCUGUAUACCCUCAACUUGGCCAUGGAAGAGCUGACUGAUAAUGGUCUCACCCGUCUGUUCAACCAGCUGCCCCAGCGGUGCAUUGUCCUCAUCGAGGACGUAGACUGCGUCGGUAUUAGCCAGGACCGGGCCAUGGACUCUACGAAGAGCGCUAGCGAUAGCAUCACUCUCUCCGGUCUGCUCAACGUUCUAGACGGAGUCGCAGCCCGGGAAGGCCACAUCCUGAUGAUGACGACCAACCAUAUCGAGAACCUAGACGAAGCCUUGACCCGGCAUGGGCGCAUUGAUAUGAAGAUCGAGUACGGGUAUGCCGGAACGUCCUCCAUCAAAGAUCUCUUCAUGUGCAUUUACUCCACGGUUGAGGGCGAGUCUAGCCCUUCCCCGGUGUCCACGGAAACUCUGGAAAACGCCGUCCGGGAGUUCGCGAGCUUGGUGCCCUCGGGCGAGCUUAGUGGAGCCGAGAUUCAAGGUUAUCUGCUGAAGCACAAGAAUUGCUACCAAUCCGCCAUUGAUGGGGUCACCGCAUGGCUCAAGGAGACCGAAACGAUCCGCGAGAAACGCAGGAAG